CCUUCCAAGCACCUUUUCUAUGUCGAUGAUAUCCUCCUAUCGUUAGCACCAACCGGCUAAACGAGCUUCGUUUUCUCUCCUUUAAAUGGUCCGUUCGUUCCAUUUCGUUGCCGCGAACUGAAGGAGCUCCUAGCUAGUAUGUAUCCCGCGGACAAACCCGCUAAACGGGCACAGACGGCUGAAGACCAACAGCAAGGAAACCAAGAACGUGCGAGAUAAGGGAGGGCGAUCGAUGGGCUGCUGGUAUCCCCUCCGCGAAAUUGUGUCAAGAGCUCUCGGAAAAUGCAACGGGCACGAGCGAUGGAGAGAAGACGACCAGAGGAUGAACUACGCCAUGGCCUACCCGCCCGGCCCGCCCACGGAGACGCACUUCGUGCGGCCCGGGGCGCGCACCGUCACCUUCAGCGGCACCAACUCCGUGCACAUGAUCCCGCCGAGCCCGCAAGGUCCGCAGCAGCAAGCCCCCGAGCCCCAGCAGCAGCAGCAAGCACCGCCGCCGCAGCACGAGCCCGAGCACCAGAACCAGCCCGAGCAGUCCCAGCCCGCGCCGGAGCAAGGCGCGCCACCGCAGGCCGAGCAGCCGAGGAAGCGAGGCAAGAAGAAGCCGCCGCGCCGCGUGCGGUUCGGCCCCGACCAGCAGCCACCGCCGCAGCAGCAGGAGACACAACAGGAACAGCAACAACAACAGCCGGAGAACGCGCCGGGCAACGGCGGCGGCGGCGGCAACGCGCCUGGUCAUCAGGUUCACGGUCCCCACGGCCCGGCGGCGGGUCCUCAGCACCAUCCGGCUCACGGGCCGCCAGGGUACUUCCGGUACACGCCGUCGCCGCUGCCGAGGUGGGAGGCGACGCCGCGGCGGCACGAGUACUUCUCCGGGGAGUACCGGUACAGCUACCCGACGCCGGUGCGGGAGGGCAUCUACAGCCUCGCCACCGACGCCAACCGGCUCACCACCAUCUUCAGCGAGGAGAACCCCAACGCCUGCGCCAUCGUCUGAGACUCUGAGUGCGGUGGGCGCGCCGCGCGCGGCGAGGACAGAACCAGGUUCCUGCGGGCGCCGUACUUCCGUUGCCUAACUGCACCGGAGAGGAAUCCGGUUCCGGUACCUUACGGUAGGUGUUGUACAGAAAAGAGGCGAGAAUACCUCGGUGCGCUGCCGCAUGAUGAGAUGAACAUUUGCCUUGUUCGGAUUCGCCCCGUACCGUCUCUGCUUCCUUUUAAUUUCUUUCUUUUGAUGACGUGUUCUCUUGCAAAGGUUAGAGGCUUUAGUCAAUGAUGAUAGUUGGCCACCAGAGUCAAAUUAAGUGUUA